UAAAGGGUCUCCAUGUAAGAGUCCACGUUCUAGGAGGAGACGGACAUGUAAAGCAAUUCACUGAAGCCGAGGAGCCCUUGGAGAAAAGACUAUGCCUUCUAGAACCCCGGGAGCUUAGACUAUGUAGUACGUAGUUCCAUCAAGAACUCACUCAUGGGACUGCAGAGGUGGCUCACCAGUUCAGAGAACUGGCUAUUCUUCCGGAGGACCUGGCUUUGAACCCCAGCACCCACAUGGUGGUUACAACCCUCUAUAACUCAAGUCUCAAGGGACACUAUACCCUCGUCUGCCUGCCAGGGGUAUCAGACAGGCAUGUGUUACACAGAUAAACAUGCAGACAAAACAUCCAUACACAUAAAAACAAACAAAAAAACAAAUUACUCAGCCCAGCAUCACAGUAUGUUCUCAGAAUGCAGGGGCCCUGGUUCUUAAAACACAUUCAUUGAACAGGUGGGGAUGGAGUGAAAAGGUGGGGUAGGGUCAGAGCCUCACCUGACUGGUCUCCACAGGCUGCAGUCCGUGAAGCAGAGCACAGCUCAGGGAUCCCAGCUCUCCCCCAGGCUGUGCUGAAUUCUCACCUUGUGACUCUUUUUCUGUUGGUUCUGAUCUGUUCUGUACUAUCUCAUUGGCCUGAUAUGGCUUGGUGAUGCUGGACUGAUGUAUCCCAGCCUUCCCCUGCCUUACGCUGUCCUUGUCCCUCUGAAGGGGUCAGAGGUUAUGUGUCAGAGUCCCCAGAGCUUUAGCAAUCAGGUCUGCCUGGUGUCAGGGAAGAGGUGUUGACUAUCUUCCUUCCUGUCCCUGGAGUGGCACUACUAUAUGUCCUCUGCCUCCCUGCCCAGCUGUGUUCAUCUACCUCUUUCUUCCUCUUGGCUUCUGCCCUACUUAUUCUGUGAUUGGCCCAGGGGAGGAGAGUGGGCUGGCAGGCACCCUAUGCAGAGCCUGGAGACAGCAGCCAGACCCACUGGGCCCACCCCAGGGUCUCCUGCCUACUGCCCUCUGCCAAGUCUGGUCCUCUUCUACCUGCCUGGCAGAGGUCAGGUCCUCUGUGAUGCUCCUGUUGCUAUGGUGAUCCUAGAUGAGAAGGCUAUAAUGUUCUGGGUCUGGAACUUUCACCCGUUAGCCCAUCUGUUCUCUACCUGCUCCCUGAUAUGGUUCUCUACCAGGGGACUCGAGAGCAUGGGCUCUGCUACCAUCAAAGUCUUCUCUGCAUACCCCUCAUUCCUCAGACCUCCCUUCAACCCCAACAGAGACCCUAACAGGACCCGAGGCCACCUACUGCUGCACAGUGCCAAGCCAUGACUGUCACCUACACAAACAAAGUAGCCAAUGCCCGUCUCGGUUCCUUCUCCUGCCUGCUCCUGUGCUGGCGUGGCAGCAUCUACAAGCUGCUGUGUGGGGAAUUCCUCAUCUUCAUGUUCCUCUACUACGCCAUCCGUGGAGUCUAUAGAAUGGCUCUCUCGAAUGAACAGCAGCUGUUGUUUGAGAAGCUGGCUCUGUACUGCGACAGCUACAUUCAGCUCAUCCCUAUAUCCUUUGUUCUGGGUUUCUAUGUGACGUUGGUGGUGACCCGCUGGUGGAACCAGUACGAGAGCUUGCCUUGGCCGGACCGCCUUAUGAGCCAGGUGUCAGGCUUCGUGGAGGGCAAGGACGAGCAAGGUCGGCUGCUGCGGCGCACACUCAUCCGCUAUGCCAUCCUGGGCCAAGUGCUUAUCCUGCGCAGCGUCAGCACCGCGGUCUUCAAGCGCUUUCCCACCCUUCUGCACCUGGUGCGAGCAGGCUUUAUGACCAAUGAGGAAUAUAAGCAUUUGCAGAAGUUGGGCCUACCACACAACUCAUUCUGGGUGCCCUGGGUGUGGUUUGCCAACCUGUCAAUGAAGGCCUAUGUUGGAGGUCGAAUCCGGGACACUGUCUUGCUCCAGAGCAUGAUAAACGAGAUGUGCACCUUGCGUACUCAGUGUGGACAUCUGUAUGCUUACGACUGGAUCAGCAUCCCACUGGUGUACACACAGGUGGUGACAGUGGCAGUGUACAGCUUUUUCCUCGCAUGCUUGGUGGGGCGGCAGUUUUUGAACCCAGCCAAGAACUACCCAGGCCACGAGAUGGACCUCGUCGUGCCUGUCUUCACAAUCCUGCAAUUCCUAUUUUACAUGGGCUGGCUGAAGGUGGCAGAGCAGCUCAUCAACCCCUUCGGAGAGGAUGACGAUGAUUUUGAGACCAACUGGAUCAUUGACAGAAACCUGCAGGUAUCCCUGUUGUCUGUGGAUGAGAUGCACCAGGAUUUGCCUCCCAUGGAGCGUGAUAUGUACUGGAAUGAGGCCGAGCCUCAGCCACCCUACACCGCUGCUUCUGUCCAGUAUCGUCGACCUUCCUUCUUGGGCUCCACCUUCAACAUCAGCCUGGACAAAGAAGACAUGGAGUUUCAGUCAAAUGAGGAUGACGAAGAUGAGGAGAACCCUGGCGGCAUCAUUGGACGCUUCUUAGGGCUGCAGUCCACUGACCACCAUCCUCCCAGGACAGAUUCAAAGACCAAACUAUUGUGGUCCAAGAAGGACCUGGAGGGCCAUAAGGCCAAGCACAACUCUAGAGACCAGGAAGAUAAUGCCUGGAAACUUAAGGGUCUGGAUACCUUCAGGGCCACUCCACUGUUUGAAAGGCCAGGCUACCACAGUGCCCCCCAGACACCACUCAGCCAUACUCCCAUGGUCUUCCCUCCUGAGCAGUCAGCAGCCUCCAAGCCUUACUUAGUCACAGGUAUAGACACUAAAGACAAAAACCUAACACCCAUGACUUCUGAGACCAAGAACACUUUGUUUUAUAGGUUUAUUUUUACUUUAUAUACGUUGUGUGAGUCUUUGAGUAUAUGCCACAUGUGUGCUGGUAACCCUCAGCACCAAACAAAGAGGAAAACUGUGGAGUUUAACUUGAACAUUCCGAAGAAGAGCCCCACAGAACGUACUAGAAAACAACAUUUGGACCAGGGGCCAAGCAACACACACACUACACGGAAGGAGCAUGUAGAGCCCCAUUCUACCUUGGAAAACAGGGAUGAAGCUGGCACCUAACCUGUUUCCUGGGAUUGAUGCUUCACGGCCUGGUCCUCACCUGCAGGAAUGCCAGCAGGACACUGACCCAGUCAGAGGCACACAGCUGUGUGAGACACCCAAGAGUAUGUUCCCACGACAGUCUGCCAAGUAACUCAGAACCAGGGGUGCUGAGUCCUGUCUGAACACACCCGUGUCUCCCG